AUUUAUUCCAAUUUUCUUACAUUGUAAAAUAUUAAAUUAAAAUUCUGUUUAUUUCUAGCUUGUUCACUUGUUUUGAAAAGUUUCGCUGUUAGAAAAAAAUAAAUAUGAAUGUCACAUUUUAUACUUCAUUAGCGUAUUCAAAUCCACUGUGUGUGUUUUGGCAAACAAAAGUUGAGUUAGUUGGUUACGUUAUUAUAAUAUUUUUAUCUAUUACUUGGUGCCGCAUCAAAUGGAAUCGUAGGCUUAUUGAUAGAUUUGCAGCUAAAAUACCAGGGCCUCCAUCAUAUCCAUUAAUUGGCUCAUUACUAGAAUUUAGAGGCACAUCACAAGAUUUAGUGGCAAAAAUGAUUAAGUUAAAUGAACAGUACGGCCCGGAACCAUGUAAAAUUUGGUUAGGUUCUUCACUUGCUUUAUAUGUUAUGAAGCCAGAAGAUAUACAAAUAAUAUUGAACAAUUCCAAUGCUCUCGACAAAGGUAAAUUUUUCAAAUUUUUUAGUGGUGCUUUUGGAGAAGGAUUGUCAACUGCUGCUGUUCCUAAAUGGAAAUUGCAUCGACGAAUUAUCUCUCCUUUUUUUAACAACUCUCACAUCAGUACAUUUUUGUCAGUUUUCAACGAAAAAAGUGUAGCUCUCAUAUGUAAUCUUCAAAAAGAACUGAACAAUACCGAGUCAUUUGAUAUUUAUGGUUACGUUUUUACUAUUUCUGUCGAUGGAGUAUGUGAAACUUCAUUGGAAUAUAAUCAUGACGUUCAAGAUAACGAAAAAACUGAAUUUUUAGAUUCAAUGACAAAAUUUACAGAGCUAGUUACUAUGAGAAUUACUAUGCCAUGGCUGUAUCCGGACUUCAUCUUUAAUAUUUAUGGAAAAUUUACAGGCUUGAAUCAAAUAUAUGAAAAAUUAUUUAAAUUUCCUAACAAAAUAAUUAAAGAAAAAAAAUUUCAAUAUGCCCAAAAGAAGAAAACCAGCCACAGUUCUUUAAAUUUAACAAAAAAUGAAAAAAAACAAAGAAAGACAUUAUUGGAUGUAUUGUUGGAGAUAAAUAAUGAAGAAGCAAAUUUUUCAAACAAAGAUUUAAGAGAUGAAGUUUUAACUGUGAUAUUUGGAGGCGUUGAAUCUACUACUAUAACCACUUCUUUUUGUAUUUUAAUGUUAGCUAUCCAUCAAGACAUACAAGACAAAGUUUAUGAUGAAAUCUACCAAAUAAUGGGAGAAGGUGAUCGGAUAGUAACUAUUGAAGAUACCGUUAAGUUUGUAUAUCUGGAACAAUGUAUCAAGGAAACUCUUCGAUUGUACCCUUUAGGAGCAGUGUUUAUGAGAUAUCUUCAAGAUGAUGUCAAAAUACGUAACUACACAAUUCCAAAAGACACUACUGUUAUUAUAUCACCAAUAGGUACCCAUCAUUUACCAGAAUUGUACCCAAACCCCUGGAAGUACAACCCAGAUAAUUUUAAUCCAGAAAAGGUUGCUAAACGACACAAAUAUAGUUUUAUUGCAUUUGGCGGUGGACCUAGGAACUGUAUAGGAAUGUGUAGACGAUCCACCAAAGGCUUUACAACAGCUAAAACACCCUAUUGUUGAAGCUUUUCAAAAAAUUAGCUCAUAUGCAGAAGGUGGUCAUCAUUUUCGUAAAAUAACUAUGGCAUUACUUUACUUUAUCUGUAAAGAUUACCGUCCAUUUUCUGUAGUAGAAGGAAAAGGAUUUAGACGGUUCAUUAAAGAAUUGUCAUACAAAAUUCCCUCUGUUAACACUAUAAAAAUGCCCUUGAUAAUAUAUAUGAGUUUAUUAUAGCUGCAUUAAAAUUUCGUUUGUCAAAUUCACCUCAUGUAUCUCUGACAUUCGAUACAUUCGAUAGCAGAUUUAAGAAAGUUGUCAAAGUUGGACACCAUUUCUUCUAGUGAGUCAGAAGGAGAACAUUCUAAAACAGACAACUUCGAUUUUUGGGCACAUCAUAAAUAUUUGGUUCAUGGCCAAAAAAAGAAAAAGACCACAACUUUUAUGAACGAUGAGUUAUCGUUAUACUUAUCAAAUCCAGUAUCAACCCUGAAGUCUGAUCCUCUUGAAAUAUGGGAGGAUAUGAAACACGUAUUUCCUAUUUUGUAUAAACAAGCGCGUUUGCAUUUUACCAUGGUUGCAACAUGUGUUCCUUGCAAACGACUUUUCAAAGGCUGGAGCAACAUUAACCAAAUCUAGGAAUCGUUUAACUAGUUCUCGCCUUCAAAAAAUAUUAUUUUUAGCUGAUAU